AAGAAGAUGAGAAAAAGAAAAUGGGUAGAUCUGUCGUUCUUUCUUACUUGCUUUAUCAUUCUUCUCUGUUCAGCACUUGCUCAGGAAAAUUUGUUGCAACACUUUUGUAUAGAUAGGACUGGAUUUUAUAACGAUGGCAGCAUGUAUCAGACUAACCUCAAUAAUCUCCUUUCCACUCUCCCCUCCCAAAUCGACCAAUUCGGCUACACCAAUUCCACCUCCGGCCAAGUCCCCGACCAAGCAAACGCCGUCGUGCUCUGUCGCGGAGACGUCGAUCCCGAUACCUGCCGGAACUGCGCUACCAGCUCAAUUCCCAUUCUGACGGGGCUCUGUCCCAGAAACAAUGAAGCUGUCGGGUGGUGGGAUUCCUGUAUGCUUCGUUAUUCUAACCAAACCUUGACCGGACCAGAAUCCAUUGCAGAAAACGAAACAUUCUGGAAUUAUAAUGAUAAAACCAACGCAACCAACCCAGUCCAGUUUAAGGAGGUCGCCCAGUCCUUGUUGGAAGAUUUAAAGACUAAGGCGGAAACAGGCGGCUCACGCCUGAAAUUCGCUGCUGGAAAUCACAUUGGCCCGGAUUUUCAGACUAUAUACGCGAUCGUUCAGUGCACUCCUGAUUUGUCUGAGGUAUCUUGCAGUGAUUGCUUGACCAGAACAAUCUCUUUAUACCCUAAUUGCUGCGAUAGUAGAAUUGGAGGCAGAGUCUUAACUCCCAACUGUAAUUUCCGGUACGAGAUUGAUGCCUUCUACAAUAAGUCAAAUGUUGAAGCUUUAACACCUCCACCGCCGCCGGGACCAGGACCAGUCUUCACUCUGAAAAGGAGGAGGAGCAUGAGACGCAAUCUAAUGCACAAACCUCUUAAUCCAGACGAGGAGGAGGUCGAUAUGGAAGAUAUGAGCAACGAAGAAAUCUUGAAAUAUGAAUUUGAUGAUAUUAAAUCAGCCACCAAUGAUUUUUCCGAAUCAAACAAGCUAGGAAAAGGCGGCUUCGGUUCUGUUUACAUGGGUAAGUUCCCAAACGGGCAGAAUUUUGCGGUAAAAAGGCUCUCCAGUAAGAGUGUUCAGGGCGAAGCAGAGUUCAAGAACGAGGUGAUGCUGGUGGCGAAGCUUCAACACAGGAAUUUAGUUAGAAUCCUCGGUUACUCUAUUCAAGGAACAGAAAGAUUACUAGUUUACGAGCUUUUGACCAAUUCAAGUCUCGAUAAAUUCUUAUCUGAUCCUGUCAAGCGGGAACAAUUGGAUUGGGAAACACGUUUCAAGAUCAUAGUUGGGAUUGCUCGAGGUGUUUUAUAUUUGCACGAAGAUUCAAGGCAUCGAAUAAUCCAUCGCGAUUUGAAAGCUGCCAAUAUCUUGUUAGACGACGAGAUGAAUCCUAAGAUUGCGGAUUUUGGAAUGGCUAAACUGUCUUUAAUGGAUGAAACUCACGGAGAUACUCGUCGGAUUGCAGGAACUUACGGAUAUAUGGCUCCUGAAUACGCAAAUUAUGGGAAAUUUUCAGUGAAAUCGGAUGUGUUUAGUUUUGGUGUGAUACUACUCGAGAUUAUUAGUGGACAAAAGAAUAGAUCGUUUAGAAUUGGAGAUGUUGAGGAAGACAUGUUGAGCUAUGCUUCGAGGAGUUGGAAGGAGGAAGAUUGUUUAAACCUAAUUGAUCCUGCGAUUAGGAAUACGGGAGGAUCAAUGCCAAAUAUUAUGAGAUGCAUUCACAUUGCACUUCUUUGCACUCAAGAUAAUGCUUCUGAUAGGCCGACAAUGGCGUCGAUUGUGGUUAUGCUGACGGGUUUCUCUAUCACUUUACCAUUACCCUUUGAGCCUGGUUUGUUCAACCAAAGAAUACCUAAUGAGAAUAGAUCAAACUCCGAUAUAGAUCAGUCAUCCAAAUCCAAUGGAUUAAAUAACUCUAAUAAUACUGUUACCAUUUCUGAGUUAAAUCCUAGGUAGACAGGUAAAUGUUGCUCAUUUCCAUUUCUCUGUUUCAAGUAUAAUUUGUAAGACUUAUUUUAAUCUAUUGACAUAUUUAAUGUCCCUAAGUUCAAAGAAUAUAACUUUUGUUUAUAGAGAAACUA